AUGGGUUGCUGUGAUUCAAGACAAGCGCGUAGUCGCGAAGAGGAUGACGACGAUGACGAUUCUCCGCCGACGCCGCGACGACACCAGCAGCGUCGUCCUCAUUCAGAUUCGCAGUCAGACGAGAAGAAAUCGGACGAGAGGAAGAGGGGCCCGAAAAAGAAGCGAAAGAAGAAAUAUCACAAAAUGAAAAAACCGGCCCCUUCUCGAAUGCUCAUUGAGCCGAAGCCAAGGAGAAUUGAGAAGAAGCACAAGCAUCGCCCAAAGCCCAUCGUGCUUCCGAAGCAUGAGCUCUACGUGCUUCCAGCCGCCGACAUUCCGCCGCCGCCGCCUCGCGACGACAUAUACGCGAAUCUCUUCUGA